UUGAUAAUUUGACAUUCGUAGUUGACAUUGACAAAAUGGCGACUGGUCGACUAUGGUAUAAUGAAAGUCCAAAUUUUACGUAUGAUAUUAGAGGAAAAUGAGAAAAGCUUGUCAGAAGAAUUUUGGGCCAAAAUGAGUUGACACUAUGAAGAAGUCUUACAAUCCGAUUACGGACGUUAGAAGCGAAGGAGUGGAUGUAACUCGGCGGCUGUACAGGGCGAUAUCUGAUGUUGUGCGACAUCUGGAUGACAGUCGUGGCCGAGCAGAGGUUUGCAGUGACCUUUUUACGGCGACCUUGGAGGCCCAACGGAUGAAAUUGCGCGAAUAUUGCGAAAGGUUGAUAUUUUCAGAUCCUGUAGGUUACGGCCGGAAAGGUGAAGAGCUUCUAUGGAAAAAAGGGUACUAUGAUGUGGUGACAACAGCAAAAAAUUUUCGGAGGGAACAGAACUGGAGUGACACAGAAGUGUCGCACAUCAAGAACCAUCUGUUGGCGGGCGUGGGACACUACCACCACCUGCUGUUCCGCCUGCAGACCGAGUUCAGGCUGGACCUCGAGGGACUUGUGGACUUCCCACUGUUCGUUAACACUGGAGGCUUGCCUAGGGGGAAGAGCUCGUCGCACAAGAAGACCCAGGACAGCCUGUAUGUGGAGUGGGCCAAGGAGGCUGCCCACCGGUGUCUGAUCUACCUGGGGGACCUGAGUCGGUACCUCCUGGACUUGCGUGUCACCUGGGACAGCGGUGUGGCCCAGCGCUACUACCUUCAGGCCCUCAAUAUGAAAUGUGAUGUUGGGAUGCCACACAACCAGUUGGGGACUAUAGCUGGUUCCAGGACGUGGUCACUCGAUGCUGCUUAUCACUACAUGAGAUGCCUGAUGUGCGCGCAGUCAUUCGAGGGUGCAGAGGGCAACCUGACACGGCUACUGGAGAGGAACGCACAGUGGCUGCACCGGCAGAGCCAAUGGGACGAAGGCAAGCUUCCGCCCCAACACGACCACGUCCGCCUGCUGCUGGCCCAGUUCCUCGAGCUACAGGAGCUGUGGUUCUUCUGCCGACCGGCCACCGCUGAUGUGCACCAGCUGUGCCACCAGACCAUGCGGGACCUGCAGCACUGCCUGUCGUACGAGAAGCUGGCGCCAUGCGAUGCAGACGUGAAAGAGGGGGAGGAGCUGCUGGAGCACACCCUGGCAUACUGCGACUCCCAGGACCUGGCCCCAGACCAUGUCAGUGACACCGUGCUGUUCCGGAUGGUCGUCAUGAUGCUGAUGUGCAUCUGCAGGCUCCAGGCGGGGGGAUCUCAGCAAGUUUCUGUGGCAAUUGCGUUCCUUACGGCCAUAUUCAACUAUCUUGUGGAGAAAGUGAUAGAUGACAUCCAGGAAUCUGCAUUCAUAAUCCCUCUACCGCCCAUACCUCCCGCUGCGCCCACUCCCGAGGUGAAUGGCGUGGAGGGAGAGGCAGAGGUGGCGACCCUGGUGGUGGAGUGCGAGGCUUCCCAAGACAUGACAGGACCCGAGGCCACUGACUGCAACCAGGACAAGAGCAUUGCCAAGUCCAAGGCUAAGCCCCACAGCUGGCGGCGGCGAAGACGCAGGCGGUUGAACAGCUCCGAGGAUUCUGAUUUGAGUGAGGGCGAGACACCGUAUGGAGAGAACUCCAGCUCGGAGAACGAGGAAGAGGAGUUGAACUCGGACAUCAGCGAGGGGAUCGAGCUGAACGAGGUGACGUCGUCCGAGGACGAGGAGGACACGGACGAGUCGCUGCCGGCAGUGAACGGCGUCUUGGAGGAGAAGGCGGUGAACGGUGUGCAGUUGAACGGGACGCAGGAGAACGGCACGCGGAUGAACGGGGAUGGGCGUGCGGAGAGCGUGGCCAGCUCGGACGACGGGGCGCUCCGUGCCCUCUGCCCGGACACUGCAGAGCUGGUGGGUGUGCUCCUGGAGGAGGGGCUGCUCCAGCCACUAAAGGUGUGCUGCGACUGGCUGCGCGGCGAUGCUGACGUGGUACGCGCCUGCAGCCGGACACUGCGCUCGCUCGUGUCGCGCGUGGUGCGGCUGCUCAAUCUGCUGGCCAUCGACACGGACGCGCUGGGCAAGGUGGUUGAUGAAUCUUGUGUGAAGAAUUUGACAGAAUCAUUUCCUAAUAUUCCGCUGCCAGAGGACGUUGAGCUUCACGGAUUGGCGAUCCUCAAAACAAGCCACGAGGCUCUGGACUGGGAGUACACGAGGCGCCAUCAGCUGUCGACCAAAGAGGAAGUUGUGGUGCGUGCUCUGAAGUUGAGGCAGUUUGGACACUUUCUGGUAACGGUGCCAGAGUCUGGAGUCAGUUACGACAAGAACACAAAGUGCUUUGUCGUGUCACAAGAGCCGGUGAAAGCCUGCCACAUCGACAAGGAGAAGGGGAAAGACUGUGGGGAGUCAGCUGAGGCGGGCAGCGGGGACGAGCAGAGCGCCACGCCGCGCGGCCAGCUGAUGCACCACAUGGGCCAGCUGUGGCUCCGCGCAGAGGUGCGCGACCUGGAGUCGCGGCUGCGCAGGCGCGGCGCCGCCUUCUCGCCGUACCUGGCCGUGGACUGCGACGCGCUCAUCCACCACAUGCACCUGGUGAAGCAGCUGGUGGCAGCUCGCCGCUUCAUCCUGCUCAUACCCAAUGCCGUGGUGUCGGCGCUGGACAAGCUGAAGCGUGAGGUGGGGCGCGCCCGGGAGACUAUCCGCUGGUUGGAGGUGCAGUUCCAGCGAGGCAACAGGUUCCUGCGAGCCCAGCGGGCUCACGAGCAAGCGCCCCUGCCCCUCAUCAAGUACCCCAAGAAGAAGGACCGCGAGGCCUGGUUGUUCUUCCAAAUAGUGGAGUGCUGCCACUACUUCAGCAAGCAGACGGGCGUGCACGAGACGCCCCCGGAGACUGCGCUGGUGACGCUGCUCACCGGGCAGAGGGCGGAGCCCGCCGUCAGCCGCGGCUUCAGUCCGGUGGGAGUGGCCAAGUCGGCCGGCAUCAACUUGGAGCACAUAGAGACGUUUCACGCCAAGUGGAAGGCUUCGAGCAAGAGCCACGGCUGAGGGGCCUGGCCGGAGCCGCCGCGCCGGCGGUCGCCAGGCAGCAGAACCACGGGAGAGACGACGGUCCUGCCUCCGCGCCCCUCGAGGGGCGACGCGGGGGAGCGGGGGGUCCCGGGGGAGGCCGUGGGCCGCCCGCCCGACUCCAGCAGGAGGCUGAGCGAAGUGCAUCGCCGCAGGCAGUUCGCACCAGCGUUCAGCCGCUCUUUCUUAUUUCCCUUGUCCUUCCUUUUGCCCUGACCCUUACUGAAUACAGCUCUUGUUCCUGCAGUGGCAACUUAUUUAAUAUUAAAUGUUUUUUUUUUUUUUUUGUGAAUGGCUGUCAAAUCUAAGGAUUUUUCAUUAUAAUGAUUCCUUUUUUUUUUUUGUACUAAAAAAAUUUAAUAGCUUGCAAUAUAUAUAUUAAUUAUUGAUAUUAUGUAAAAUAAAAGGAAUUAUAUACAUUUCAUUGAUUGUAAUUUUAAAUAUAUGGUUUGUUAAGGUUUCUUCAGGUUAUUUCUAAAUUUAUGUUUUUAUUUUGCAUACUAUUUUUCACAGAAAAUUUAAAUCUGAAAUUAUUUUCCAUUUGAAUCCUUACCAACCUUUUUUUUUUUUAUCUUAAAUAGGUUGAUAAAUUUAUUAAACUAUUUUAGAAAGCUGCUGAGAACUAUUCUCUUGAUAAUUAAUGUACUUCUGGUGAAAUGGUUGACUUAUGUUUUGUAUUUACUUUUGCAUUUUGGUGUAAACUGUCUAUUGAUUUAAUUAUUCAAAGGAGGAACCAAAAUUUAUUUUAAUUUUGUCAUAAAGUUUUAUUUAUCUGUGUUUUUUUGUCAGUUUGAAUAUUUGAAAUUGUGAAUUAUUUCAAUAUUUUGUUUGCCCUGAAAUUUUGGCUACUCUCAUUCAGGCAUGUGUCAAACUUAUUUUAUUGUUUUGCCUUUAAAAAAAUUAAGACUCCUCUGUUUAAUGGUUAAAUAAUUGGAGAAUUAUGUAUUGCCAAAGGGGAGGGGGGGAAUAAUUCUUAUUAAUACAAUUCUAAUGUAAAUGUAAUGAUUUCUGACAUAAAGAUUGUUUCUUUUGUGAAUAUGUGUAGAAUAAUAUUUCUUUUUAUGAUAUUAAUGAUACUUCCUGGGAAUGACAAGUGAUCGGUUUUGUGGGGAUAAAAAGCAUCAUCUAAAUUACAUGUGUAAAAUUUAUUAUGUGUACACAUACGUACAUGCUUGUGAUGUUUUGACAGACCUUGCAUUCACCAAUCAUUCACAGUUGUAUAAUAAUUGUUAGAUGUAAGUCUGGUACAAUAUCAAUUCUUUUUAUGCCAUUUAACUGGAUGUAUACUGGUAAAAUUUCACUGAAUUCAUAAUAAAAGUAAUAAACUACAACAUUGUAUUUUGUGACAGAUGUGUUAAUAUUUUAAUAUGAAUAAAACUUGCUCCAAAUUAUUAUUUGAAUCUGUAAUUACAGGAUUUAAAUAAAAUUUCUAUUUCUCUAUCUUGAAACUAGUGUUUUAUGAAAUGACAGGUUUAUAUGAACCAGUUACUACCUUUAAAUUAUCAAUCUUUUAACCUGUGAAAGUGAUUUAAUAAAUAUUUUUUAAUGCAAAGGUUUUUAUGGUUUUUUUUAAAUGCAUUUGUGCAUGUAGAUUAGUUCACCAUGUCUGAGAACCACCUGAAAACUGUUUUGAAUUAGUUAAAACUGACUGAUGAGUUUUAAGGUAAUGAUUAUGAAUAGAGACCCCAGAAAAUGGUAAAUAAAACUGGCUCAUUUCUGUGUAAAAAAAUGACAAAAGCGGUGCAAAAAAUCGGUGUAAAAAUAAGCAAGCGGUGCCAAAAAUCGGUGUAAAAAUAUGGUGAGAUACAUUAAAUUAAAAUUGAAAUUGGCAAACGGAUUUUUUGCUUCAAAUUUUUUUAAAUUUUAAUAUUAAACAUAAAAUGCACUCAGUUGGCAAACACUAAAAAGUUUUUAGUGUUUCUAGUUUUCUUCUUGGUCUUGUCUCCUUUACAGCAACCCUGUGUACCCCUAGCCCAGGGGUCGGCAACCUGCGGCUCGCGAGCCACAUGCGGCUCUUUGGAUGUGAAGCUGCGGCUCUUUAGUUCCGUACCAGAAAUACUGCAUAACCAGGUCAUUUAUACAGAAAAUACUUUUUUUUUAUUACAAACCAGUAGUAAGUCUGGUUUUUUUCCCACGCUUGUUAUAUUUUACUAAACAAAAUGUCAUCAAGCAGUUAAAUUAUCCAUUUAAAGCUAUCCAUCCGCCCGAGUACUUACGGGCCCACCCAACAGAUAGGCUUAUAUAUGAAUAAAUUUUUCUUAUGAAUAAAUAGAUUAGUUUUUUAUCAAAAAACUUUAUUUAUGCAAGUAGGUACUAUUUAUUGUAGGCAAUAAAAAAAUUUGUGGCUCUUUAAAAAACAUUGAAAUUUUGUAAAUUUUAAUUUUUGGCUCUUCCGACUCAAAAGGUUGCCGACCCCUGCCCUAGCCUGUUCUAUUCCAUCUGUUUCUAACCAAAUGUUGGUUUUUUUUAAAAAUUGUGUUGUAAUAUUACUAUGUUUGGAAAUUAAAAUAAUGUAUGGUCUGAAUGAAUAAA